AGGGGAAUCAGUUUGUUUGUCUCUAACCUUUGUUUUUUUUCCCCCUUCUUUUUCCUCGCACCUGUUGUCUCCUUCCCUUUGUUGGCCCUCAGGCUAUGUCUAUGAUACAGUCCAGGAAAGCUGGACUCGCCCACACACUGGCCACACGGACCUCCCUGAAAGACGAAGAGCUUAAAAACCAUGUGUAUAAGAAAACCCUCCAGGCUCUGAUCUACCCCAUCUCUUGCACCACGCCGCACAAUUUUGAGGUGUGGACAGCCACUACGCCCACCUACUGCUACGAGUGCGAGGGUCUGUUGUGGGGCAUUGCGCGGCAGGGUAUGCGCUGUGCUGAGUGUGGGGUCAAAGUGCAUGAGAAAUGCCAAGAGCUGCUGAACGCUGACUGUCUGCAAAGAGCAGCUGAGAAGAGCUCCAAGACUGGGGCGGAGGACAGGACGCAGCACAUCAUCAUGGCUAUGAAGGACAGGAUGAAGAUCCGUGAGAGGAACAAACCAGAGAUCUUUGAGGAGAUCCGGAAGCUGUUUGACAUCAGCAAGAUGGUCCACGCCCAGCAUAUGAAGAGCAUCAAACAGAGCGUCCUGGACGGCACCUCUAAGUGGUCAGCCAAGAUCACCAUCAACAUUGUCAGUGCGCAGGGUCUCCAGGCCAAGGACAGGACGGGCUCCAGUGACCCAUAUGUCACGAUCCAAGUUGGGAAAACCAAGAAAAGAACAAAGACCAUCUACGGCAAUCUGAACCCAGUCUGGGAGGAAAAGUUCAGCUUCGAGUGCCACAACUCAUCAGAUCGUAUCAAGCUGCGUGUUUGGGAUGAAGACGAUGACAUCAAGUCACGAGUGAAGCAGCGUCUGAAGAGGGAGUCUGACGACUUCUUGGGUCAGAGCAUCAUUGAGGUCCGAACUUUGAGCGGAGAGAUGGACGUCUGGUACAACCUGGAAAAGAGAACAGACAAGUCGGCAGUGUCUGGUGCCAUUCGUCUUCAGAUCAGUGUGGAGAUCGAGGGAGAGGAGAAGGUGGCACCGUACCACGUACAGUACACGUGCCUUCAUGAGAACACCUUCCACUUCUCAACCGAUGUGGAGGGAGGCGGCGUAGUUAAGAUCCCAGCAGCUCAGGGAGACGAUGCAUGGAAGGUCUACUUUGAUGAAGUGCAGCAGGACAUCGUGGACGAGUUCGCCAUGCGCUAUGGCAUCGAGUCCAUAUACCAGGCCAUGACCCAUUUCUCUUGCCUGUCAUCUAAGUACAUGCUGUCAGGGGUGCCAGCAGUGAUGAGCACCCUGCUGGCCAACAUCAAUGCCUUCUACGCCCACCCCACUGCCUCCACCAAUGUCUCUGCUCCGGCCAGAUUUGCAGCCUCCAACUUUGGGAGAGAUCGUUUUGUGAAGCUCCUGGAUCAGCUGCAUAACUCUCUGCGUAUCGACCUCUCCAUGUACAGAAACAACUUCCCAGCCAGCAGCAAGGCCCGCCUCCAUGAUCUCAAGUCAACAGUGGAUCUUCUCACCAGCAUCACCUUCUUCAGAAUGAAGGUCUUGGAGCUGCCGAGUCCUCCAAGGGCCGCCAACGUGGUGCGGGACUGCGUCAAGGCCUGCCUGAACUCCACCUACGAGUACAUCUUCAACAACUGUCUGGAGCUCUUUAACCGCCAGUUCCAGCCUGCCGUCCAACCACCUGAGCCAGAGAAGAAGAAGAAGGAGAAGAAGAAGAAAAAGGAAAAAGCAGAAGGAGAGGAAGAGGAUGACGACGAAGAGGAAGACGAUGAAGAGGAAGAGGAGGAGGAGGAGGAGGAGGAGGAGGAGAAAAAAGAAGAGAACCAGCAGGAGGAGCAGGGCCCAAGCAUCCAGAAUCUGGACUUUUGGCCUAAACUCAUCACGCUCAUCGUCUCCAUCAUUGAGGAGGACAAGAACUCCUACACACCCAUCAUUAACCAGUUUCCUCAGGAACUCAAUGUGGGUAGAGUCAGCGCUGAGGUCAUGUGGAUGCUGUUUGCUCAGGACAUGAAAUAUGCCCUGGAGGAACAUGAGAAGCAUAAGCUCUGUAAGACUGCUGACUACAUGAACCUGCACUUCAAGGUCAAGUGGCUUUACAACGAGUAUGUUAAGGACCUGCCCGCCUUCGCAGACACUGUGCCUGAGUACCCUGCAUGGUUUCUCCAGUUUGUCCUGGCCUGGCUGGCAGAGAACGAGGAAGUGUCAAUGGAGUUCAUGCAUGGGGCUUUGGAGAGAGACAAGAGAGAAGGGUUCCAGCAGACUUCUGAGCACGCUCUUUUCUCCAGCUCGGUGGUGGACAUCUUCACUCAGCUCAAUCAGAGCUUUGAGAUCAUCAAGAAACUGGACUGCCCCGACCCCACUGUGGUAGGCCAUUACAACCGACGCUUCGCCAAGACGAUCACCAAAGUGCUGCUGCAGUACUGUGCCCUGCUGUCCAAGAGCUUUCCCUCCUACUGUGAGAAGGAGAAGAUACCCUGUGUGCUGAUGAACAACAUCCAGCAGAUGAGGGUCCUGUUGGAGAAGAUGUUUGAGUCAAUGGGAGCAAAACAGUUAACUGCUGAGGAGGAGAGGCUUGAGAACGAGGAGGAACCUGAGGAGUUUGAUGAGGAGGCCAUCAGUGACAAUGAAGGGGAGGAUGACAUGUCAGAGGAGUCUAAGUCUGGUUGCUCAGACUCAGAGGGAUCUGAGGUUGACAACAAAGAGAAGGAGAAAAAGGAUGGGUCCUCAGACUAUGAUGACAGUGAGGAGGAGCAGGAGAAGCUUGAUAAGGAAAAGUCUCAGUCCAAGAAGGAGAAGGCUGAAAAGAAAGACAAAGAGAAGCAGGAGGACAAUAAGAGCAAACAGUCAAAGGAGGAAGUAAACAAGACUGAAGCCACAGCUGCCACAAAGAAGCUGGAUACAGAGGCUGCUGACAUCCUCAAUGACCUGCAGGUGAAGCUCAGCACAGUCCUGGACAACUUCAGCACCAUAUUUGCUAAGAGUUUCCAGACUCGUAUCAACGGCUGCAUGCGUCAGAUGGCUGAGAUCCUCUAUCAGAUCAAAGGCCCACCCAACCACAACACUGCAGAGGCAGAUGCCGACUCCAUGCUGAGGCCCCUCAUGGAGUUUCUGGAUGGGAAUCUCAGUAUAUUUGCUGAUAUCUGUGAGAAGACGGUGCUGAAGAGGAUCCUGAAGGACCUUUGGAAGAUCGUCCUGAGCAGUCUGGAGAAGACCAUCGUCCUGCCUCAGAGCAACGACAGUCUGGGUGCACAACUCCUCACAGCAGCCAAGGGACUGUCGAACCUCAAGGGAGGUGGUGAAGCCAAAACCUUGACGCCCAAACAGUGUAUAAUUGUUGAUGCAGGGCUGGAGACAAUCAAGCAAUACUUCCAUGCAGGAGGAAAUGGGCUGAAGAAGGCAUUCGUUGAGAAAAGUCCUGAACUUGCCUCACUGCGUUACGCCCUCUCCCUGUACUCCCAGAGCACUGAUGCUCUCAUCAAGACCUUUGUCACCACACAACACUCACAAGUGCAUGAUGGGAUGGGCAUCCGAAUCACUGGCAAUGAGAAGAUUCGCCCUGACAGGGGCUCGGGGAUAGAGAAACACAUCGGAGAGGCUCUUCUGCAGGUCGACAUGAUGCUCGGGAAAGAACGCAAAGUCAAUGUCAGAGUCAUCGCAGCGAACGACAUGAAGUGGCAGACAUCGGGGAUGUUCCGGCCUUUUGUUGAAGUCUCCAUGGUUGGGCCCUUCCUCGCCGACAAGAAGCGAAAGUUCACCACAAAAUCCAAGAACAACAGCUGGUCGGCAAAGUUCAACGAGUCUUUCCAGUUUGUCCUGGGCAAGGAGUCCCCAGACUGCUAUGAGCUCCAGGUGACGGUGAAGGACUACUGUUUCGGCCGGGCGGACCGGGUGGUCGGCAUGGCUGUGAUACAGCUGCGUGACGUCGCUGACCGCAAGAGUUGCGUGUGCUGGUGUCCCCUGGGGCCGCGCAUUCAAACCGACGAGACGGGCAUGACGGUGAUGCGUAUCUUGUCUCAGCGGCCUGCUGAUGAGGUGGCCAAGGAGUUUGUCAAGCUGAAAUCUGAAACUCGUCCUGUGGAGGAGGGCAGAUGAGCAGCAGAGACAGUGAAUCAGAAAUGGUGAAAAUGUGAAGCUGACGUGGAUCAUGGUCAGGGUUUAGAGUCAGGGCUACACGUUGUUCACAGCUUUGUCUGGUGUUUAUGAGCACUGUCAUCUUCAUUCUCAGUAAACAGAGAUCAUCAAAGCUUCUGCCUGAUCAAAUUCAACACGGAGGAGAUCCCACAAGACACAGUAAACACAAGCAAGUUGACUAUUGGCCAUAGAUAUGGUUAGAAAGAAAUGUAUUUAAAUCAAAAGGUACAUUUUGGAUGGAGAUGCUCUCUCAGAGUGUUGAAAAACAAUAACAAUAAUCAGCACCAGUACCAUCACUAUCAAGUGACGUAUGGGUUAAAAUCACCAACUCAGUGGUCACAAAUUGUUUUGGCUCAUCUCUUGAGCUUCUGAUUCUAAUGACUGACUAUUUUGGUCAUCUGUAGCAAAUAAAAAAAAAAUGUAUGUGUCAUCUAUUGGCCCUCAGAGCUGAUCCACAACUUUUUACCAAACAUCCAUUCAUAAGAAUGAAUGGACUUGUGUCUCUGUCUACCUGACAGCAAAAAAACUGACAGUGUGUGAACAUGGCUUUAGUUUUAAAACUGAAUGCACCCGAACAGGAAAUUAUGACAGCUGUUAAGAGACUGUUUAAUGAAAGUAACUAUGACAUGAGAUGAGAGUUGGAGGAAGUAUUCCCAGAUUAUUGUACUGUUUGAGCCUUUGAGGCCUUUUAACUGCUAACAAAUGUCUUGCAACAUCGAUCCACUGUUGAAUCUGGUAUCCAGUACUGUUUUCCAAAACCAGUCAUUAACCAGCUAAUUAAUGUCACAAAUAACACAUUAAAAUGAACAAAUGUCAUACUUAAAAUAAGAAUUUGGGAAUUUAUUAGCCAACAAUAAUUCCCCAACCUGAGUAAAAGAACAAAAAUAAAACAGCUUAUGGUGCUUUUUAGAAAGAUCAUGGGUUGCUCGUGCAACAUGCAACACACAACGGGCACAUCACAUGUCACUUCCUUUAAUCCACACCAGUUGACACCCGUAGCACCAGAUGUAUCUUACAUCUAAGAAGAAAUAGCCAGGAUACAGUAGCCACUAAGGGAAUGAAUGUUAUAAAAACAAAAAUAAAGAAAAGAUGACAAACAUUACACCGCCUUAAAAAAGCUGGCCAGCUAAUGUAGGACGGAAACUUUAAACAUGAAUGGAUUGUACAACAUUGACUUGUAAAGUAAAAAGACAUUGAUUUUUCUCAUAAGCAAAGAAUUAUGGGUAUAGUAGUAUAUGACUGACCUCUGGACUGUGGCCUGUCAAACAAAGUGCAGAUAAGUAUAUAUAUCUGCACUGAGAAGAACCGCUGCAUCAGAGGUUUUUAAUUUAGCUCUUCUGUUUUUGCCAAGUGUCAAACUGUGAGUGAACACUGUUUACCUGUCCACCUGCUCUGAAUUAAAACAACCAAAAGCUGACAACAUGUUUUCAGGGCUUAAAUCGUGUGAACACCUUUAUGGAGGACCAAGAAUGGACCUCUAAGAAUUUCUUUUUGUCUAUCUUUAUAGUUUUAAAUUGGAUGAGAAUAACAGUCUUUGAGACGCCACAGCCUUGCCAUGCAUGCACAGUCAUAUGUUUCUGAAUACCAGAUUGGUGUUUUGCAUUAGGUGCACUGCAAACUUGGACUACAUGCAGGUUGUUCCAUUGAUUGAAGUGUGACUGGGUUUGAUCCACUCUCUCGUCUGUUUACUAUGUGCCAAGGAACGCAAGUGUUCAGCGAGCCAUGUUCAACGAGCUCUCUUCACGUAUUUUGUGUUGUUUACAGACAGAUGUGGCCUUUGUAAAUGUCCCACUUUUUACUGCACGUUUGCCAAAACUAGCUGCACUUUGGCUCGAACCUCAAGAGGAUUUGUUUGGUAGAAUUUAGAUGAGGUAGUCUGGAAACUAGUUUAGAGUUUUGUCUUUGGUUCUGUCAUAUUAAAGUUAACAAACAUUUAGUCUGCAGCACGGUAUAAGGGCAUAAAAGGGGGAUCUUUUACAGUGGCCACAGCUGUAGAAACAACUGAACUCUUGCACUGUUUAAAAUACCUGUAAGUUUGUAAAGUAUAAAAAAUAAAAUAAAAGCCUAUGAACAGAGCAUGUAUUUAUUGUAUACAAAGUAUAGAAUUGUGAUCUUUUUCAUGUAUGUACUGUGAAAUAUGAAGAUUGAUCAAAUGUAUGUAAAGUAGUUAUCAUUAUUCUAAUGUGACAUAUGUUGAAUAUACUUGUAACAAUAUUUUGUAUAUAAAAUAUUUAUGAAUCAA